AAUCCAGAUUACCAUGGCUUCUCCAGCGACCCUGUGGUGGAUGAGUGGAACAUGAGGGUGGGCUUCUUCUUUGGCAUCUCUGUGGCUCUUGUAAUUGGUGGAACAUUUAUCCACUAUUUACCCGACCAUGGCAUGAGGCAGUGGGCCAGAAGGGAGGCGGAGCGUUUGAUCGAGCAGAGAGAGAAAGAGGGUCUUCCUCUCAUAGAGGAGAACUACUUCGACCCAAACAAGAUAGUUCUGCCUACAGCUGGAGAGGCAUAGGAUGUCCAACAUCCACUCACUGUAUUUCAUGGUUAUUGUAUUUCACUAUAAUAGAAUAAAUGAUGUAAUUAUAA